CUUUGACCCAAUGCUCCUUCCUGUGGUAUUUUGUAUCACUUCCACCCUCAGAUGAACGCUUGUUAACCAAGUGACCAAGUCUCACAAUCCACUCCAUAUGUUACAGCCAAGCGACUUGGCUGCAUUGUGUCAAACUCAGUCUCAUCAUUCACGUACACCUCACCACAGUCAUCGUGUCACUCGUCUAGUGCAACUCAGGCUGUCACUUAGCCCAUCGUGAAUCGUUCUUACAUUCGUGACUCUAUUUCAUUUCUCCUUUCCUGCAUCCUUUCUCAAUUCCUUCCUCACCAAUCAUGGAUCAACUUCGAGGUGCCAUCAACAGCUUCGCCGGCGGCAACAACAACCAACAGAACCCACAGCACGGCGGUCAGACUACCUCCUCGGGCGGUGGUAACGUCCUAGGCGGCACGGACAAUGGACAAUAUCCCCAGCAGACCGGCCAAGGCACUUUUGGCGGCAGCAUGGACAACAACGGACGCACUGCACAGCAGACUGGUCAAGGCACUUCUGGUGGUGGUGGUGGCGGCGGCAACUUUCUCGGCGGCUUAGGCAACAAGCUCAACGCUGCCGCUGGCGGUGGACCAACAAGUGAGAAGAAUGAGGACAUGCUUGACAAAGGCAUCGACUACGUUCAAGAGAAGUUCCUUGGUCAAGGUCCUCAAAACAACGAGUCGGCCGCUGAACAAAUGAAGGACGAGCAGAUCAGUGACUUCAUCCGGAGCAAGUACAAGUCAACCACGGGCUCUGAUUUCCCUAUCCAAGACAAGUCCCGUUAGUAGCUACUUAGAGCCAACAUGACGAGUCGGGUCGACCGAGAGCGAGGAUGAAUGACGCAGCCAACAUCGGUCGAUGCUGCAACCAAGAUCUGCAUGGAUGACUGAGCCAGUCGGUGGAGAAAAGCUCGUGUAUCGUGGUGGGAGCUGGACUAAGGAGCAAGAGCACUCAUAUGACAGUGCUAUGAACC